CAGGUGAGCGGGUUCCAGGACCGCGACUUGCAGCGGGUGCUGGAGAAGCCCAAGGACAACAACCCCCUGGUGUCUCCCGUGGCUGCGUUCAGCCACACGCUCACCAUGCACCUCCGCGACAUGCUCAACGCAACACUCGUCCUGCAGGCCGGCACGUACUUCGGACUGCUGCAGCGCCUCAACGACAACGAACUGCACUUGCUGAGCACGGUGUCCGACAUGGAGGCGCGCUACUGGGACUUGCUGGACUACACCACCGUGCCGCUGUGGGCCGAAAGGCGGGUGAUGGUGCUCAAGAACCCCAGCGCGCUGUGGUCGUACGACGGCUGGCUGCGGCCGCUGGAGUCCAAGGUGUGGAUCAUCAUGCUGGUGCUCAUCGUGUGCACCGCCAUCGUGCUGCGCGUCGUCGGCUACUGGGAGGUCAAGUUCGACCGCGGCCACGUCGAGGAGGAGGACUCGUGGGCCUCGGCCGUCACCACGGCCAUCAGCAUGGUCUGCGCUCAGGGCUUCACCACGACCACGAGCUGGACGUCGAGCCGAACGCUGCUGCUCAUGUUCGAGUUCUUCAGCUUGUUCCUCAACCUGUUCUACACCAGCGGCAUCGUCACCUUCCUGCUCACCUUCCCGCCGCCCUUCGCGCACUCGGUGCGUGAGAUGGUGGACAGCCCCUUCACCGUGGCCGCGGACCGCGGCGUCUUCAGCCGCGCCAACUUCACGGAGUCCAAGGACCCCUUGAUGCGCGAGCUGUACUACAAGAAGAUCGACGACCAGAACGGCGGCGGCGGCUUCCUGCCGCUCGAGGUGGGCGCCGAGGACUGCCGCCAGGGGCGCUUCGCGUUCGUCGGCUCCCCGUUCCCCAUCUACGAGCACGCCGCGCGCGCCUGGUCGCCGUCCGACAUCUGCCGCAUGCAGGAGAUCCCCCUGAAGCCGCCCGGGCUGCUCGCCAUCGCCCUGGCCAAGCGCUCGCCCUUCCGGGAGAUCCUGAACCAGGCCAUCCUCGCCCUGGUGGAGCGAGGCGUCCUGGCGCGCGAACGCAUCCGCUGGUCCGUGCUGCGGCCGCGCUGCGCCCUCAGUGACGUCACGCAGCUCGACUUCGUGGGCAUUCGCCAGGUCAUCCCCCUGCUGGGCUUCCUCAUCGCCGGCCUCCUCGUCAGCACCAGCAUGCUGGGCGCCGAGAUCAUGUACCACAGGAACAGGGACAGUAUUCAGAAGUCGCCUGCGAUGGCGAUGUGGAGGGAUGUGACCAAGAUGUUUACGGAUGUGAACAAGAAGUCAGCGUGAGGAAAAGGAAAACAGGAAAUGACAAGAAGAAAAAAACGCUUGA